UAACUUUUUUGGGAAACUGCCUUCGUUGAAAAGGGAUAGUCUUUAUUCCGGUUUCCCCCCAAAGCUGUAACCUAGUCCUACAUUUCCUGCCUUGUUUCAGGAUUAGACGUUAUUGAUUAGACCGCUAAGCUUGAGUCAUGGGCUGGUUUGAACCGCGGGUAGAUGUGUAGCACCUUUUUCGUGUUGCGUGCUCUUUCCUUUUGGCAUACUAUUGAGUUUGGGUUUAAAAAUAAAUAUCGGCUGAAUUAAAAAAAAACCAGAAUAUGGACACCCAGAAAGAUGCACCUCCUCCAAAGCAGCAACCUAUGAUAUACAUCUGUGGACACUGUCACACAGAAAAUGAAAUAAACGCAAGAGAUCCUAUCAGAUGCAGAGAGUGUGGCUACAGAAUAAUGUACAAGAAAAGAACAAAAAGAUUGGUUGUGUUUGAUGCCCGAUGAAGGGAACCGAAGAUGCAUCUGAUCUACUGCAAUGUAUUUUAGAUUCUUCAUGUUAGACUUUGUUAGACUUUGAUUUGUUAUAGGCAAAUACGUUCUUCUAUUCUGAUAAUGUGUAAAUUAUUCAGUUAUGGCAAUAAAGUUUUAUUCAAAUA